AUGGCAGAAACAGAGGAGGAUCCGGUGCAGACAAAAAGAACCAAGACGUUAAUUGUCCGACAUCUGCCUGCUGAACUGACUAGGGAAGAAAAGGAAGACCUCCUUAAAUAUUUUGGGGCAGCUUCUGUCAGAGUUCUGUCAGACAAAGGACCUCUGAAACAUACAGCAUUUGCGUCUUUCAGCAGUGAGAACUCGGCGUCAAAGGCUCUGACCAGACUGCAUCAGCUGAAGAUUCUGGGCCAUACGCUCGUGGUUGAGUUUGCCAAAGAUCAAGAUAAUGCCACGGUUUUAAAACCUCCUCCAGUCUCUGACAGAGCUGACAGCCGAGAUGUGAAAGAGAAAAAGGACAAACCGCAGCCAAACAUUCCUCUAAUAGAUACCAGCGUCGCUCCAAAUCUGGGGUUGAAGUUUCAAACAAAUCCGGGCCUAAAAUAUUUAUAUCCCCCUCCUUCGAGUGGAAUAGUGACAAACAUUACACAUACACUUUUGAGUGUACCCAGGUUUUAUGUUCAAGUCCUGCACUUGAUGAACAAAAUGAACCUGCCUUGUCCGUUUGGUCCCAUCACUGCCAGGCCACCUGUGUUUGAUCUGGUUCAUGCUACAGCUCCACCAAUGGAGCCCAUGCCACCUCCGUUCCCUCCAGAGAAUCCCCCUUUACCUGAGGAGGAGAUGGACAGAUCCAGCGAGGAGUCAGAGUAUGAGAGCGGGGAUGACGAGGAGAAGGAGAGGAUGAUUAGACUGAUGGGACUUGUUAACCAGCCUUGCAAAAGACCCCUGAGAGUGAAGGCAUCAUCUAAACGCAAGAAGCCCAAAGUGAAGGAUCUCCUGUUUGUUCGGAAAGCAGAGUCUCACAGUGCUCCGGUUCCGGCCCUGCAGCCGUCGGACGUGUUCGAGCAGCCCCAGGCUGUCGGACCCAAAAAAAUUGAGUUCCAUAUUUCAACAGAAGCGUCUGCCAUCCAGGAGGGGACCAUGCAGGCCCAAGAGAGAGAGCACGUGGAUGACAGCACAGCCGUAGCAGAGCUGGAUGCCGGAGCCAAUGAGAUGGAGAACGGCUUUGGGAAGAUCUUCCCCAGCGUUCCGGUCUCCAAGGAGGAAGAGGACGGCAAAGAGGACGAAGAUAUUCCUUCCGAGUUUAUCUCCAGGAAAGAGCUGGAGAAAGGCAGGCUCUCUAGAGACGAAAUAAAGAGGAUGUCAGUUUUUAAAAAUUAUGAGCCUGGAGAACCAACCUGCAGGCUUUACGUGAAGAACAUUGGAAAGCAAGUUCAAGAAAAAGACCUGAAGUACAUAUAUGGGAGGUACAUUGACGUUUCAUCCGAGGAAGAGAGAAACAUGUUUGAUAUUGUUUUAAUGAAAGAGGGGAGAAUGAAAGGUCAAGCCUUCAUCGGGCUGCCAAAUGAGAAAAGUGCAGAGCGGGCCUUGAGGGACACCAACGGAUACGUACUGCACGACAAACCUCUAGUAGUGCAAUUUGCCCGGUCAGCAAGACCUAAACAGGAUGCCGGUGACGCAAAGAGAGGAGCAAAGAGGAGCUGAACGGAUCUUGAUGUCAUGUUGCAAGCGUCAGUUGUGACCGGCAGGAUCAUGUGUAUCCUUACUCAUGCAUAUCCUUUCAGGAGGCACUAAUGUCAUCUCAUUCAUACUGUAUUACAACAUCUUAAACAUUCUUGCAAAUGUGUCUACAAAACAUUGAGUUAAGAUUUCAAAAAUGCUAUGACAAUAUGAUUUUGGCAUGCAGGUAUUUUAUUAGGAAUGUAAUUAAUCUGAAACUAUUUGAUCGAAUCGUUUUUGGAGAUUCUCUGCUUCCCACAGCAAAACCUGUGAGAUUAAACCCGUUCACAAACUGAAGUUUUGUGCUUCGUUAACAAUGAAGUAAUUCUGAAAUUGGCCUUCAUUUCUAUCAAGAAUAUUUUGCUACAUGUAUUUACAUUUACAUUUACCAAUAUAGUUUGUUGAGUUUGUGACCUUAUCAUCUUGUACUGUUCAUGGAAGUGAUCUUUUCCACAUCUCGUUUCAGACAAUGGAUAAAGAUGCCCCUGACUGAAGAAAUCAACAUUUCAAAUGACUGUUUGAUUUCUAUUU